GAUCGGUGCUGAACAGCUGUCCACAGGCCUGCACACCGACGCAGGAAGCUUCGGGCAACCGGACCUGUAUCCAGACUCACCUCAGCGAGACGGGUGCCUUCGAGUCCGAGACGAUUAGUUGCGUGCAUCCGGACAACUGCCUCGCCGGUAAGAACAUGCAGAAGUGCCCCUCCGGCGCUCACGUGCCUACAUGGAAGCAGUGCAAGGAUUUGUACGGCGUUGGAGGAAGCAACGCCUCGGCUGUGUCCAGUGGCGAGCAGCAGACCUCCACGGUGUUCUUGACACUCGACUCGACUGGCGACAACGCACUGGAUUCGCUUGAGACAGCACGGGUCGCCAUGAAUGGCGAGCUCUACUUGCCCAAGGGGAUCCAAACCGAGAUGGUCCUCAAGACCGCUGCCGUCAAUCGCCGCCUCUCCAGAAGCCGCCGCUUGCAGGCGGCUUCUGGCGCCGUGGUGACGUUCGAGAUCAAAAACAAAGGUGCAAGCUCUGUGUCCCCCGCCAGCAUCGCCGAAGAGCUCAAGAAACAAGUCAAGAGCGGAAGUGCUGGAAUCUCGAGUGCCUUGAGCAAUGUCGGUAAAGUGGACGCCAAG